GGGGCCGGCCGCAUUGCGAAGGAGCUCUGCACUCGCAGCGAAAAGAUGGGCGCGGAGUGAUCCCAGUUUCCUUCGGGACCGCGUCCGUCCCUUCGAGCCUCGCUUCCCUCGCCUUCCGGGCCAUAAAGCACGGGAUUGCCGCUGCUUUUCGGACGGAGGCAUGGAGUACACGGCGGCCUCCCCGAAGCCGCAGCUCUCCUCGCGGGCCAACGCCUUCUCCAUCGCGGCGCUGAUGUCCCGCGGGGGCCCCAAGGAGAAGGAGCCCGCCCAGGACGACACCCUCAAGCCGCUGGAGCAAUUUGUGGAGAAGUCAUCUUGUACUCAAGCGCUGAAUGAACUGCCUGGUUUGGACGUACAUGGAGAUUUCGGCAAUAAUAGUAACCCCUCUUCCCUGUGCACAGAACCCCUCAUCCCCACCACUCCUGUCAUCCCCAGUGAAGAGAUGGCCAAGAUCUCCUGCAGUUUGGAGACUAAGGAGCUUUGGGACAAAUUCCAUGAACUGGGGACUGAGAUGAUCAUCACAAAGUCAGGAAGAAGAAUGUUUCCAACCAUCAGGGUUUCCUUUUCGGGCGUGGAUCCAGAAGCAAAGUUCAUUGUGCUUAUGGAUAUCGUUCCAGUAGACAACAAGCGAUAUAGAUAUGCCUACCACAGAUCUUCAUGGCUGGUCGCUGGCAAAGCCGAUCCUCCUCUGCCUGCAAGAUUGUACGUGCAUCCGGAUUCUCCAUUUACAGGGGAACAAUUGCUGAAGCAGAUGGUGUCCUUUGAAAAAGUGAAGCUAACAAACAACGAGCUUGAUCAGCAUGGUCAUAUAAUCCUGAAUUCAAUGCACAAAUAUCAGCCGAGGGUGCAUAUCAUCAAGAAGAAAGACCAUACAGCCUCUCUGCUUAACCUGAAAUCUGAAGAAUUCCGGACAUUUAUUUUUCCAGAGACUGUGUUUACUGCUGUCACUGCCUACCAGAACCAACUGAUAACCAAGCUGAAAAUUGACAGUAACCCUUUUGCUAAAGGAUUCAGGGACUCUUCCAGACUCACUGAUAUAGAGAGAGAAAGUGUUGAGAGUCUCAUUCAAAAGCAUUCCUAUGCACGGUCUCCUAUUAGGACUUACGGCAGUGAGGAUGACAUUCUUGGAGAUGAGACCCAAACAUCACAAAGCAGAGCAUCUGCUUUUACCACAUCUGACAACUUGUCUCUCAGUUCCUGGGUCUCAUCGUCAUCCAGUUUCCCCGGAUUUCAGCAUCCGCAGUCUUUGACUGCCCUUGGUUCCAGCACUACAUCCAUAGCCACUCCUAUUCCACACCCAAUACAAGCAUCCCUGCCUCCAUACAGCCGCCUGGGGAUGCCGCUAGCAUCUUCUGCCAUUGCCAACUCAAUGCAGGGAAGUGGCCCGACAUUCCCCUCAUUUCACAUGCCACGGUACCACCAUUACUUUCAGCAGGGGCCUUAUGCAGCAAUCCAGGGACUGCGCCACUCCUCAGCGGUGAUGACACCUUUUGUAUGACUGACCCUUAGGCAGAGGGAGCCCAGACUUGGUACAGAAGUAAUGGCAAACCUGUUUAAAAGACGCACGGAGGAACAGUAGAAGGAAUCCUAAGAAAACCAGCCAGUAUAAAACUCUGUAUUUAGAUUCCUCCUCCGAGGGACUUGUGUGAAGUUUGGAGUGUCUCAGAGCUUUAAUUGUGAUACUGCCAAAAAAAUUCCAGCUGUUGAAAGGUCUGUAAAUAAAUACUGAACGAUUGGAAGGUGCAACAUAACCACUAGAUAUGAGUCUGUUCCCACAGCUGUGUAUAAUUGUACCGUGUAUGCAUUUCCGCAGAGCUUGGGAAAGGGUUUUUUUUUUGGACUGCAACUUCCAGACUUCUCUCAGCUACCAUGAUAAUGGGAUUCUGGGAGUUGCAGUACCAAAAACAACUUAUCCAGGUUCUAAAUGUCCUCUCCCUAUGAAGGCAAAAGAGGCAAUAUUGUGUUAAUAACUUCAUUGCUUUCUAUUAAUAAUAGGGAAAAGUGUGUGUUUUGAGCAUGUUUGAGCUACUUCAGUGUUACGUUCUCUAUGAAAGCAAUGGGGAAAUACUAGCCACCAUUUCCUCCCUUCUUUUUAACCCCUUUAUUUUAAAUUCUGGCCCCAGUUCACCAAGAAUAAUGGAAAUGAUGCAUUGACACAUUUCUUGUGGAACAGAAUGGCAGACAAAAAUCAGAACAUAUGCUCUUGGGAAAUUUUUUUAUCUGUUAUAAAGAAGUUAUUCCCACAUCAUAAUUUUUUUGGCUGCAGUCAUAAAGUAAAAUCUUCUCCAAUUUUUAUCCUUUACAUUUCCAAUUCAUUAGUGACAUUAACAAUCCUCCCUUGAUGUUUUGAGAAAGAAAUUGUCUAUUUCUUAAAGUGGUAAUUUUAAAACUUUUGAAAAAUUGGUUGCAAAGAUUUCGUAAUUUGAAGAUGAACGAGCUUCAUGUUUGACUCCUAUGCAUUCAGUUAUAACAGAAUUAUUUAUGUAUUGACUUAAGAAGAUUGAGGCCCCUUCCACGCAGCUGAAUAAAAUCCCACAUUUUCUGCUUUGAACUAGAAUAUAUGGCAGUGUGGACUCAGAUAACCCAGUUCAAAGCUGAUAUUGUGGGAAUUUUUGCCUUUAUAUUCUAGGUUAGAUAGCUAGACAUGAAUUGGAGUCUUUGUAUCCUCUCAGCUUCCAUAAAAUGGGUUGGAUUCCACAUCUAAGAGCUGUUAAACUGGCUGGGAUUUUUGGUAGUUGAAGUCUAAAACACCUGGAGGACCAAAGGUUGGGAACCACUGUUCUAGCCUUUAUUAGCUGAACCGUUUUUUUCUAAUUGUAUUGUAAAAUUUUAAGGGAAGGGCCCUAUGAGUGGAGUUGUAUAACUUGUGACUGUCCAGCUCUUUCUGGGCUGCCGUUCCUCUAAGGCCCCAUCAAAACUGCCAUAUAGAAUCCAUAUUAUCUGCUUUGAACUGGAUUAUAUGGUAGUGUAGACUCCUAUAUAAUCCUGUUCAAAGCAGAUAAUCUGGAUGUUAAAAUGCAGUGUAGAUGGGCCUUAACUUCAACAGUAGAGCCAAUGCAGGUAGCUGUUAGGAACUCAAGUUCAGCAACAUGGGAGGACUACACAUUCCCAUCCCUAAUAUAGAAGGAAACAGCUAGCAAUAACCAACUAAAACUCCACUCAAAGAGAAUGUAAUAAACAUAUUUGAAUAUGGAAAGAUCCCAAAGAACAGAAAAUUGCCCAACAGAGAUGAGUCAACCCUGUCCACAACUGUUAUUUAAACCAUCAUAUGGCUGAGGGAGAUGUGACAGUCCAGGAUAGUUGACAUGUAAUAUCAACUCCAGACAGCAUUGCCAAUAUGAAGGAUAACAGGAAUGGUAGUUCAUCACCUGUAUCAGGGUCACACGUUGCUCACACUUGUCAGUCUUCUGGCCAUUUCAACUUUCAGUGCUCUUAUGGUUUUACAAACAAAUCAUGUAAGGAAAAAGCCAAAGCAUACAAAUGAGUGAAGUCACAUUUCAAAAGACCCAAUUCUAAUACUGAUAACCAUUUAGAUUAUUGAUUUAAUGGAUCAAUCAUAUUUGAGGAUUUCAUUUCAUAAUAAUAAAAUAACACAGUUAUUAUGUUCAACAAAUUGCCUGAUCGCACGGAACAGCUUACAGUGCUUUCUCCAAAUAAAGCCACUGUGUGAUUCUUUACUCCAUCAUGGCUUCUACUGUUGAAUGGUUCCAUCCUCAAUAUACCAUAAUCCUUGAUUUGCUCUGGAAUAAGAUCACUGUAUAGAAAUAAACUCUAGAUUAGAGGUAAAGGAUUUCCCCAGAUGUUAAGUCCAGUCGUGACCGACUCUGGGGGUUGGUGCUCAUCUCCAUUUCUAAGCCGAAGAGCUGGCGUUUCCCAUAGACACCUCCAAGAUCAUGACUGCAUGGAACACGGUUACCUUCCUGCAGGAGCGGUACCUAUUGAUCUACUCACAUUUGCAUGUUUUCAAACUGCUAGGUUGGCAGGAGCUGGGGCUAACAGCGGGCGCUCAUUCCGCUCCCGGGAUUUGAACCUGGGACCUUUCAGUCUGCAAGUUCAGCAGCUCGGCGCUUCAACACACUGUGCCACCACCAGUUAAAAUCAGCUCUGCAGUUGAAGACUUUGUGGCUGCAGUAUAUACUUUGUUGUUGUUGUUGUUGUUUAUUUUUUCAAUCACUUCAGACUCUUUGUGACUUCAUGGACCAGCCCACGCCAGAGCAUCCUGUUGGCUGUUGCACCCACAGCUCCUUCAAGGUCAAGCUAGUCACUUCAAGGAUAAUAUCCAUCAAUCUUGCCCUUGGUCGGCCCCUCUUCCGUUUUCCUUCCAUUUCCCCCAAGCUUAUCUCCAAGCUUUCCUGUCUUCUCAAUAUAUGGCCAAAGUACUUCAUCUUUGCCUGUAAUAUCCUUCCCUCCAGUAAGUAGUCAGGCUUUAUUUCCUGGAUGAUGGACUGGUUUGAUUCUCUCACGGUCCAAGGCACUCUCAGAAUUUUCCUCCAACACCAUAGUUCAAAAGUGUCUAUCUUCCUUCGCUCAGCCUUCCUUAUGGUCCAGCUCUCGUAUCCAUAGGUUACUACAAGGAAUACUAUUGCUUUAACUAUGUGGAUCUCCAUUGCCAGUGUGAUGUCUCUACUCUUACUUUGAUCUUACAUACUUUGAUCUUCAUCUAAAUGGAGGUUGCCUCAUUGCUUCAGAAUGUGUCAUGCACUCCAUCCCAGUUGCAUGUGCUGAGCAUUGUCUAACAUUGAAGAAAACAGGGUUGCCAUUCCUCAAAGUAUUCCAUGUAAAUAUCCAAACAUUGAAAUGGUUGCAUUCUGAGGAACGUUUUUAGAAUUUGGGGCAGAUAAACACUUCUAUUUCAAUUAUUUUAACUUGAUUUUAUUGUGAAUUUAUUUUUGUUGUUUUGCUUUCCCCUAUUCAUUUAUUGCAAUAAAUGUGGUUCAGAUAUUUCCGAUUUCCUAACAAGGGACUUUUAUUUAUGAUGGUGAUAAACUGUCAGCUAUUUGCUGCGACUUGAUUUUAAAAAAUCCAAUCCAUUUAUUACAGAGAAAAAAAUGGUAACUUUAUAAAUAACUUUCUAAAAAGGAUUUUGGACAAGAAAUACAGAUUCCUGUAUUUUAGCUCUGGCACAUAUACAAUAAGGAUUUCGUAUCUUUAAUACCUUAAGAAAUAUGAAGAAAGUGAAACCAAAAACUGGACAUAGUCUCUCUUAACAGAAUGUAUUACUGUUUUCUUGUUUGCUGUGUAAAUUGUUUUAAUGAAUUGUGUGAGCACAUUCACCGUGUAAUAUUAUGUGUAUGUAUGGGGAAAAGGAAGGCAAAAUGUUUUAUGAAAAAAGGAGAGCAUAAAUUAGGAAAGGUCAGCAAGUAAUAAAAUCUUUUUAAGUGCAAUAUAUUUAUUUCUGUCAGAAAUAUAGUAUCAACAAUAUGUGAUAUUUGAAGCACUAAAUGUGAUUUGUAAGCAGCUUAAAAAUAUAUAUCACAAAGUUGUACAUAAGUGCAAAUGUGGAUAUUCAUUUUCUUUCAUUAAAAUAUUGGAAUUUUUAAA